UCCUCCGCCAGUGCCUGGUCAGCCCCGGAAUCCAAGAGACUUGCAGCGCCGAAGGGACCCGGGCCACGGGGUAGUGGCGUCCCUGGACCUAAGAGGACGCAGGUGGCGCCGGGUAAGCUCGAGAGCAGCAGCUCCGCCGCGGGGCCUUGGGAGACACAGACCAAAGGAGGCUGUGGCCGGCGGGAAGGUGGCUGUUGGAGACAGGGAGGAGAGUAAAUGAAGAGAAAGAACUGGAAUAACUCCUUCCACAAAGAAAGGAAAGUAAACUUGGGUAUACACCCUCAGCGUUGUGAAAGCUGCAGCCCCACCCGGGAGCAGGGUGGAGGCUGGGGCAAUGGUGGGUGCCCUGAAGAUGCCUCAUGGCUACUGAGGGGCCUUCCCGGCUGGAGAGCAGAGUGGUGGGCAUGGUGUGCAGCUUGUGGGUCCUACUCCUGGUACCCUCAGCUAUAGCCCUGGAAGAGGUACUGUUGGACACCACAGGAGAGACAUCUGAGAUUGGCUGGCUCACCUACCCACCGGGUGGGUGGGAUGAGGUGAGUGUGCUGGACGACCAGCGUCGCCUGACACGGACCUUCGAGGCCUGCCACGUGGCAGGGGCGCCUCCAGGCACUGGGCAGGACAAUUGGCUGCAGACACACUUUGUGGACCGGCGAGGGGCGCAGAGGGUGCACAUCCGGCUCCACUUCUCCGUGCGGGCAUGCUCUAGCCUGGGCGUGAGCGGGGGCACCUGCCGGGAGACCUUCACCCUCUACUACCGCCAGGCCGAGGAGCCUGACAGCCCCGGCAGCGUUCCGGCCUGGCACCUCAAACGCUGGACCAAGGUGGACACAAUUGCAGCUGAUGAGAGCUUCCCCUCCUCGUCCUCCUCUUCGUCCUCUGCUGCCUCCUCCUCUGCGUGGGCUCUGGGGCCCCACGGGGUGGGGCAGCGUGCUGGGCUGCAGCUGAACGUCAAAGAGAGGAGCUUUGGGCCUCUCACCCAGCGCGGCUUCUACGUGGCCUUCCAGGACACAGGGGCCUGCCUGGCCCUUGUCGCUGUCCGGCUCUUCUCUUACACCUGCCCCGCGGUGUUCCGAGCCUUCGCCUCCUUUCCAGAGACGCAGGCCAGUGGGGCCGGGGGUGCCUCCCUGGUGGCAGCAGUGGGCACCUGUGUGGCUCACGCAGAGCCAGAGGAGGAUGGAGUGGGGGGCCAGGCGGGGAGCAACCCCCCUAGGCUGCACUGCAAUGGGGAGGGCAAGUGGAUGGUAGCCGUCGGGGGCUGCCGCUGCCAGCCCGGACACCAGCCUGCACGAGGGGACAAGGCCUGCCAAGCCUGUCCCCUGGGGCUCUAUAAGGCCCAGCCUGGAAAUGGCCUCUGCUCACCAUGCCCUGCCCGAAGCCACGCCAUCACCCCUGCAGCCCCCAUUUGCCCCUGCCUGCAGGGCUUCUACCGGGCCAGCUCUGACCCACCAGAGGCCCCCUGCACUGGCCCUCCUUCGGCUCCCCGGGAGCUGUGGUUCGAGGUGCAAGGCUCCGCACUCAUGCUACACUGGCGCCUGCCUCAGGAGCUCGGGGGGCGAGGGGACCUGCUCUUCAAUGUCGUGUGCAAAGAAUGUGGAGGCCAGCGGGAGCCUGGCAGCAGCGGUGGAGUGUGUCGCCGCUGCAGGGAUGAGGUCCAUUUCGACCCCCGCCAGAGGGGCCUGACUGAGAGCCGGGUGUUAGUAGGGGGGCUCCGAGCACACGUGCCCUACAUCCUAGAGGUGCAGGCCGUCAAUGGGGUGUCUGAGCUCAGCCCAGACCCUCCCCAGGCUGCAGCCAUCAAUGUCAGCACCAGCCAUGAAGUUCCCUCUGCAGUGCCUGUGGUACACCAGGUGAGCCGGGCAUCCAACAGCAUCACGGUGUCCUGGCCGCAGCCUGACCAGACCAACGGCAACAUCCUGGACUAUCAGCUCCGCUACUAUGACCAGGCAGAAGACGAGUCCCACUCCUUCACCCUGACCAGUGAGACCAACACUGCCACUGUGACACAGCUGAGUCCUGGCCACAUCUACGGCUUCCAGGUGCGGGCAAGGACAGCUGCUGGCCAUGGCCCAUAUGGGGGCAAAGUCUACUUCCAGACACUGCCUCAAGGUGAACUGUCCUCUCAGCUUCCAGAGAGACUCUCCUUGGUGAUUGGUUCCAUCCUGGGGGCCUUGGCCUUCCUCCUGCUGGCGGCCAUCGUGGUGCUGGCUGUGGUCUUCCAGCGGAAGCGCCGCGGGACGGGCUACACAGAGCAACUUCAGCAGUACAGCAGCCCAGGGCUUGGGGUGAAGUAUUACAUCGACCCCUCCACUUAUGAGGACCCCUGCCAGGCCAUCCGGGAACUUGCCCGGGAGGUUGAUCCUACCUAUAUCAAGAUUGAGGAGGUCAUUGGGACAGGCUCUUUUGGAGAAGUGCGCAGAGGCCGCCUACAGCCCCGGGGCCGAAGGGAGCAGGCUGUGGCCAUCCAGGCCCUGUGGGCUGGGGGUGCUGAGAGCCUGCAGAUGACCUUCCUUGGCCGGGCCGCAGUGCUGGGCCAGUUCCAGCACCCCAACAUCCUGCGGCUGGAGGGUGUGGUCACCAAGAGCCGACCCCUCAUGGUGCUGACAGAGCUCAUGGAGCUCGGGCCCCUCGACAGCUUUCUCAGGCAGCGGGAGGGCCAGUUCAGCAGCCUGCAGCUGGUGGCCAUGCAGCGGGGAGUGGCUGCCGCUAUGCAGUACCUGUCCAGCUUUGCCUUCGUGCACCGUGCCCUCUCUGCCCGCAGUGUGCUGGUGAACAGCCACCUGGUGUGCAAGGUGGCUCGUCUGGGUCACAGUCCUCAGGGCCCAGGUUGUUUGCUGCGCUGGGCGGCACCCGAGGUCAUUGCACAUGGAAAGCAUACAACAGCCAGUGAUGUCUGGAGCUUUGGGAUAGUUAUGUGGGAAGUGAUGAGUUAUGGAGAACGACCCUACUGGGACAUGAGCGAGCAGGAGGUAUUAAAUGCAAUAGAGCAGGAGUUCCGGUUGCCCCCACCUCCAGGCUGUCCUCCUGGACUCCAUCUCCUUAUGUUGGACACUUGGCAGAAGGACCGUGCCCGGCGGCCUCACUUUGACCAGCUGGUGGCUGCAUUUGACAAGAUGAUUCGAAAGCCAGAUACCCUACAGGCUGGCAGGGACCUUGGGGACAGGCCGUCCCAGGCCCUUCUGAACCCUGUGGCCCUGGACUUUCCCUGCCUGGACACUCCCCAGGCCUGGCUCUCGGCCAUUGGACUGGAGUGCUACCAGGACAACUUCUCCAAAUUUGGCCUCUGCACCUUCAGCGACGUGGCUCAGCUCAGCCUGGAAGACCUGCCUGCUCUGGGUAUCACCCUGGCUGGCCACCAGAAGAAGCUGCUGCACCAUGUCCAGCUCCUUCAGCAGCACCUGCGGCAGCCAGGCUCAGUGGAGGUCUGAGGCCUGGGCAGGAAGCUGUGGACUGAUGCUGCCCCUGACCACUGGACACAGGCUGAGAAGGGACAUGUGAGAUGGGAGCGAGGCUCCCUCUCGGCAUCCAUGAGAGAUGCCCACAGCAAACCCAGCUGCCUGGAUGGGUGCUGCGUCCCCAGCCCUCCACCCCUCCACCAGCCUCCCCACAUUAAAGGGAAAGAAGGGAAUUGGC